CAAGCUCUGCUGAACGGCUUUCGAGCCGAGCCACUCCGACAAACACCACGUGCCACGCGGCCGAGUUGCACGUGCGUCCGCGGAGCUGUCGAGCUUUUGCGCGUCGUGGCCGUGAGUCGAGCCCUCCAAUCGACGCGUCUUUUGAGGGACGAACGUCGUGUACCGGUAUCUCUGUUGAUUUUUCUGUUCUUCUUUCAUCCAGACACACCCUGUUCCCUUUACUUGCGUCGUUGAUCGUUGUACACAUUAGUUCGUUAUUGCACUGUUUCGUUUUCUAUGCUGAAGAGAAAAAUCGUCUAGCUGACGACACAGAGGAAGACACCGAGACUUCACGGUCCUGAACAGGCUGGCAGAGCGGGGCCCAAACGUAAUCGGGCAGAGGCAGUUGAAAACUUUGAGAGAACCACGAAGAACGAAAUCCGAGUGACAUCUGAAAAUUAAUUAACAAUGGAUGUGACCAAAAGCGAGCCGAGCAAGAACGGGGCAGUGCAACGAGAAUGUGGUGGCUGUGGAGAGGUGAUCACAGAAAGGUAUCUUCUGAAGGUAUUGGACAUGUUCUGGCACGAAGACUGCUUGAAGUGUAACAGCUGCAACUGCAGACUCGUGGAAGCUGGCCCGUCGCUUUUUAUAAAGUCUAAUCUCAUAUUGUGCAAGAAGGAUUAUCUAAAACUCUUUGGACACACUGGUCACUGUGCGGCCUGCAAUAAAACCAUUCCAGCCUUCGAGAUGGUGAUGAGGGCAAGAACGAACGUUUAUCAUUUGGAGUGUUUUGCGUGUCAACAAUGUAAUUACAGAUUCUGUAUAGGCGACAAGUUCUUCUUGUGCGAGAACAAAAUCCUGUGCGAGAGCGACUACGAGGAAAGACUGGUUUUUGCGAACAUGGCAGUGCAUCCGCCAUCGACCGCGACUCUGGCGCACAUCAAGAGACAAGUGAUUCAUCUUCAACCACAGAUCAUGUCUCCGGGAGGCCCGCAGAGACAAGUAAACGGAGAGACGACCCAUAACCACAAUGGAUACGCAGCGCCAGCGAGCUCGAGCGCCCAUAACAUCCUAACCUCCAUGAAUAAUUUAAACGGUAUCAAUGCACAAGCACCUUACGAUACCAAAUGACAAACGAAGUAAGCGCCGACGUAUCGAUCGUAUCACAAAUGCGUUGCCAAAUUCGUUUAACGACACGGACGUCUUCUAUCAUCAUUGCCGCUAUCGUAGUAACACUCGGAAUGUUCGCUCGUUACUGGAGUCUCAAAAGUCUGCUUACACGUUCGAGAUUCGUUAUUAAACAACAGCCAAGAGUGGUCGUCGUUCUAACGACCAAUAGACGAACAUCCGUAAAAUCACGCAUAGACAAAAUGUUAAACACUUUCGCAAUAGCAACUUCUAUUUCUCUAAAAUCUACUAGAUGGUACUCUAAUAAAUAGAUGCCUGUUACAUCAUAAUUUCUAACGAAUUUCAAUGGAUCUUGGAGUCAAGUUCAUCCAGAGAAACAACGUGCUGAUUUUAAAUUCGCGUUUGAAGUUAUCAAGUUAAGACGUAUUUUAUAUCAUGGCGUAGCAGAUGACCAGACUCUGAAGACUGUACGAGUCGACAUGAGUGAAAUCAUUGGUGCUGUUUAGAAGUUUAAUUGCUCGAAUUUCGCAGGCUAAGGUAGAAUAUAAAAAUCAACAGGAAGGACGAAGUGGCCAGCGAACAGAAGAGCAAGGGAGAAAAAGGGGUUGAAGCAGGAUGAGGUUAGAACGCGCGAGGAAACAAUGCGGGUAAACCAAAUGCUCAGGGGUGAUCAAAGUUUGGCUGUUCUUGUAGUCGACUUUGCUGUCCGUUGCGGGUAACGCCGGUAAAUCUAGCUUUACCGGACUACCGGACCAACGAACUACCGGAGGUAGAACUGGAGGAAUAGCCAAACGGAGUGAAAUUGGUGAGCGAGGUUGGCUUGGCAGAUCGGAUCGGUAGCUCCGGCUUCGCCAUCCAAACCAGCCAGAACCAACCUCGCCACCCCCCUUGGGGCUCAUACGUUAGGGGUGACUUAAGCAUUGUUUCAACUUCGAAUCUCCCGGUAGAGGGCCAGAUUGAUGUCGCGAACUUUUCCGUUGCCUUAUUUGCGAGUCAGAUAACGAGGCUGAGUUAUGCCGAAAGUUCUCUCUUUCUCUCGGAUUGGCCGGGGCCGCUAUCAGAAACGAGCAGACCGGCCGAAGAAAAUGUUUUAUUUCCUUGAUGCCAUACGCUGCGGAGAUUUGUCGGUGGCACGCCUCCGGAAAAGAGUUUCACGAUCGCUCGAACGAUAAUAGGCUUACGUCUGUCGGAUACGAUAAUUUUUACGGGAAACGAACAGUUUUCCAUUUCCAAUGAGAAAACAGAUACGACUGCGAUUUCUUUCGUGUUCGAUCUCUUUCUUAUCGACGGUUACGUAUUUUAUCGCGUGUCACGAUGAAAAUACUCGCGAGCGAGCGAGCCUAUGAUCGUUCUAUCGUUUUUAUCGAAUUUUUCUAUCGGAACGUUUUGUUUUGUAUUUUGUAAGCAUAACGAAUACUUCCACGAUACUCUACGAUUUUACGAGUACGCGCGUAGUUCCUAACGCUAAGCGUCUCUGGGACGAAAAAUGAAACGUAACGAUCAGUAAAAAGGAAAAACCCAUAUCGUCUCGUACGACUACUAACCGAUUGUCUAACCAAAUUAACUCGUAUAGAUUACGAUUAGCAGUGACUGUGGUAGGCGAUCUCUAGUCACACUAUCGUUACCUACAUCAUCGAGUAUGCUCCCUUGACGUACAUUGUAUCCAAGCAGCUUGUCUAACGGGAGAAAAAAAAACACCUAGUCCAUUUCGUCUUAAACGCUAUGUACGAUGCAUGUAAAAUCUUUGACCGAGAAUACGUAAGGAAGUGUGUACGUUCGCUAGUAUAGAUAUGUUUUGUAUCAUAGUUCUAUCAUAGAAAUAUUAAUUAAAAUAAAAUUACUGUUUCGAUGUUAA